GGCAAUUACGAGUGCGCCUGUUGGAAGGGUUAUGUUCCAGCCGCACAGGGUGACGCGAGUAAGUGCAUCAAGGGUUGUGUGCCCGGGCAGAACUGCAUUCACGGCGAUUGCGUCACUGGCGCGGGAGGAACACCAAUCUGCCGAUGUAAACCCGGCUUCAGAGGUAGCAGCUGUGAAGAGGAUAUCAAUGAGUGUCUGGAAAAGGAGGGACGUGGUCUAUGCCAGCAGAUAUGCACCAACACAUUUGGCUCUUUCCGGUGUUCCUGUCGCCCCGGCUACGUACUGCAGUCGGAUGGUGCCUCCUGUCUCAAACAAAGCGAGUCCGAAUUCGGCGACGUCGUGCGCCCGAGCGAACGGGACGCCUGCAAGGAGAAAAAACCCUGUGAGCAGCUCUGUUUUAAUACCAGGGUGAGCCUCUUCAGCUCUUCACGUACUUUUGUUAUCAUGCAUAUUGUCUUUAUCCUGAUGCAAUCAGUAGUGCUGCGUUCAUCAAUUAACUACAUGGAUGCUGGAAUAAACCUUCUAAAUCACAACGCAUUGUACAGAGUAGGCAUCCCAUUUCAUAGGCGCGAUCAUUGCGGAUCAGUACUGGCCAAGGAGCAAAGACCCAUUCAAAGCGAGGUUUUCACGGCCUAG